AAUGGGUGUCUUCUAUUAAUGCACCAAUUUAACAACUGGAUUAAUGUAGUACAAUUAGAAUCUCAAAGAAAUAAAUUCUUAAAUGCAAAGUGAAACCAAAGGGUUAUAAGAAAGUGUUGCUACACUUCACUAAGCAUUUGAGGAAACUGUGUUCAAAAUUAAUUAAAUAUAGAAUUAAGUAUUUGAAUUAGAGCAGCAACUCUAUUCUUAAAGAUCCAAAACAUUGAUUGAAUAAAAGAAAGGGCAAGUAGCUAGUUAUGUUUCAGAAAGAGAGAAGACAUUGAAUGAUUUGAGGAAUUCAUUAUAAUAGCUCAUAUGA